CAUGGGAUCAGAGCAGUCAUCUGCAGCUCCGCCGAAGACGGCAACGCGAGCGCCACCCGUGCGCCGUGGACACACCAUCGCUGCCCCUAGCAGUGCUCCAGAACAACGUCGAGAGCCACUGGCCAGUGGCAAUAAUUCCCCGGGAGCGAGCAUGUGCAGUGACUCCGAGCUGCCCUACAUCUCGUACACCGUAGACCGGCCUAUAGGAGAUUCCCCCAAAACUUCAACAAAGAAUCAACGGCAGGACUCCAAAAAGUCGCUCCUGCAGCGGCGACAGAUGUCGCUACAGGCUCGCAAGACCAAACGCACCAGGGACAUUAUCGUUGUCAAGGAACAGGCCACAGCGACACUGGAUGAGGACAUACGACGGUUACAUGAAAUCCCAACGUUUCUUCCUAUCAUGCGCGGCACGUUGGGGCUGCCCGGCGCUCGCGACCCUGAAGUGCUCGAAGGCCUAGACGCGCGGCCCUGGAUAUGUCUGUGUUCGCGACUACAAGCACAUUUGGCCGCCUGUGCUACCCCACUGGCUCAAGAACAAGUGAAACUGGCCACUAAACUUAAAGAGGCGGAUUCCGAAAUCACCCGCCUGUACUCCUCAAUGGUUGACAAGCAGCGAAACAACGCUCGUCACGCGGAGCGACUCGCCCGAGUACACGAGGCGGCACACCAACUCAGUCGCUGCAACUCACUAUUACAACAGACACUAUCGGACGUGGAGGAAUUAAACGCGCUACUUCCACCAGAGAAGCGGCUCGAGCCUUUUGUAUGGGGCGCCUCAUAGCCACGCACACAAGUCAUAUAGCUGGAGGA